GUGGGUGGAGUUCACGCACAUUUGUAUUCCUCAUGCACACGCACGGCCAGCAGCGGCAGAGCGUCAAUGCGCUGCUGUUCUGACGCGGCGCUGCGCGGGGAAACCUCCAUCAGAUAUCAGCGUCGUGUUUUCAUCGCCACGGACGAAACCCCUGCGCUUCCGACUCGGAUUUACACGGAUCUGAUCUGAGUAUUUGUGGAUGCAGCGCACGGGUCUGAUAAACGGAGGUCUGCGGCACAACCCAUCCCGUGAGUACGCGAGGAAAACCCAACGCCCUUCUUAACCCGACCGCGCGUACCUGUCUCGGUUAAUGCGCAAUGGAGAUGGAGGAUGCGUUUACGGGUUUACGCGUUGAAUGAGGAUAUGCAAAGCAAGCUAAGGUGUCACGUUAAACGUCUUGCAUGAUUUAUGGAUCUUUUUCUUUACAUCUCAACGCUUGACUACAAAUAAAACAGCAGCUUGGAACCCUAAAAUGCUUGGAGAGCCUUUGCAUUUCCAUAUAGGCAAUGCUGCUAUGUGAUUAAUCGUUUGCUGGUGUAUUUUUGUCAUAAAAUGGGGAACAGCUUCUCCAACAUCGCCGCAUUCCAGUCCUUGCACAUUGUCAUGCUCGGGUUGGACUCGGCUGGUAAAACCACAGUACUGUACCGCUUAAAGUUCAAUGAAUUCGUCAACACUGUUCCCACAAUUGGCUUCAACACCGAGAAGAUCAAGCUCAGCAACGGGACAGCCAAGGGAAUCAGCUGUCAUUUUUGGGACGUGGGGGGUCAGGAGAAGUUAAGACCCCUGUGGAAGUCCUACAGCCGGUGCACGGAUGGUAUCAUAUAUGUGGUGGACUCUGUAGAUGUGGACAGGCUGGAGGAGGCCAAGACUGAACUUCAUAAGGUCACGAAAUUCGCAGAGAACCAAGGAACGCCUCUGCUGGUCAUCGCCAACAAGCAGGACCUUCCCAAAUCCCUGACGGUCAACGAGAUCGAGAAGCAUCUGGCUCUCCAUGAACUAAGCCCGUCCACGACUUAUCACGUCCAGCCGGCCUGUGCCAUCAUAGGUGAAGGUCUGAACGAGGGCAUGGACAAACUGUACGAGAUGAUCGUGAAACGAAGAAAAUCCCUUAAACAGAAGAAGAAACGAUAGACAGUGGUGGACUUGAAUUGUGAAAGAUAUGAAAGACUUGGUGUGCAAGAUUGGGUGACACUUUAUGAUAACUACGUUAAUAAUAACAAAUAAUUCAUAUUAUAUAACAAAUGCGUUCAUUUAAAGUUAUUUUUUAGAAAUUCUGUUUGUGAAACCCAAGGUUCGAACCCAUCGAGCUCACAUACUGAUAAAAAUGUAUACCUUGUAAUGCACUGUAAUCUGCCGAAUGCAUAAAUAUAAAUCCAUUAAUGAAUUAUUAGUGAAAGUUCUUAUAAAGUGUCACCCAAUAUUAAAAAACUGAAGUGCUAAAUAAUAUUAUUAUGUAUAAAAUGAACCAAAAAAAAGAGAAACGAACCUAUAACUAGUCAAUAAUUUAAAAUGCAUCAAAAUAAAAGAGAAAAUGGGCCGGACCCAUAUUGCUGCUUGAUAUUAACAUAAAUAUCUCUUUGAGUUUAAUCGCUAGCUUGUGAUAUCCGAAGAAACGCGAAGAUUACUUUUUUUUACAAAAUCGUUCCUUAAAAAACUGAAUGGCGUUGACGAUUACACCCCAUGUGCACCUGUACGUAACUUUAAACAUGUUUGUUUUGAUUGCGAUUAUUUCUUACGAGAAUUCGUACAUAUUUUACGCGUUGGCUAAUUCGUAUAAAUUCAUACGAAGUUAAUCGUGCAAGUACGAUUCUCCUAAAAAAAAAAAAACUAAUCCAAACCCUUAACCCCAACGCCAUAGGGGUCAAGGAUAAUCGUACAAAAACUUACGAAUGUGGGCGUAUGAAUUAAUACGAAUUAGCAAACUCGUAAAAUAUGUACGAACACGUAUAUAUGUACAAACAAUGUUUGUUUUGAUUGCGAUUGUUUGUCAAUUCAUUUUUCUCUUUAUGAGCAAUGACAGCCUCAUCUCACAAGAAUUCUUAUAUAUUUUACGAGUUGGCUAAUUCGUAUAAAUUCAUAUGAAGUUAAUCUGGCAAAAACGUACGAUUCGCAUAAAAAAAGAACUAAACCAAACCCUUAACCCCAACGGCACAGGGGUCAAGGAUAAUCGUACUAAAACGUACGAAUGUGGUCGUAUGAAUUAAUACAAAUUAGCCAACUCGUAAAAUUCGUACAUAUUUUACAAGUUGGCUAAUUCGUAUAAAUUCAUACGAAGUUAAUCUGGCAAAAACGUACGAUUCUCAUAAAAAAAGAACUAAACGAAACCCUUAACCCCAACGCCAUAGGGGUCAAGGAUAAUCGUACAAAAACUUACGAAUGUGGGCGUAUGAAUUAAUACGAAUUAGCAAACUCGUAAAAUAUGUACGAAUACGUAUAUGUACAAACAAUGUUUGUUUUGAUUGCGAUUGUUUGUCAAUUCAUCUUACUCUUUCUGAGCAAUGACAGCCUGAUCUCACAAGAAUUCGUAUAUAUUUUACGAGUUGGCUAAUUCGUAUAAAUUCAUACGAAGUUAAUCUGGCAAAAACGUACGAUUCGCAUAAAAAAAGAACUAAACCAAACCCUUAACCCCAACGCCACAGGGGUCAAGGAUAAUCGUACUAAAACGUACGAAUGUGGUCGUAUGAAUUAAUACAAUUUAGCCAACUCGUAAAAUUCGUACAUAUUUUACAAGUUGGCUAAUUCGUAUAAAUUCAUACGAAGUUAAUCUGGCAAAAACGUACGAUUCUCAUAAAAAAAGAACUAAACCAAACCCUUAACCCCAACGCCAUAGGGGUCAAGGAUAAUCGUACAAAAACUUACGAAUGUGGGCGUAUGAAUUAAUACGAAUUAGCAAACUCGUAAAAUAUGUACGAAUACGUAUAUGUACAAACAAUGUUUGUUUUGAUUGCGAUUGUUUGUCAAUUCAUCUUACUCUUUCUGAGCAAUGACAGCCUGAUCUCACAAGAAUUUGUACAUAUUUUACGAGUCUGCUAAUUCGUAUAAAUUCCCACGAAGUUAAUCGUGCAAAAACGUACGAUUCUCAUAAAAAAAACAACGAAACCAAACCCUUAACCCCAACGUCACAGGUGUCAAGGCAAAUCGUACAAAAACGUACAGAUGUGGGCGUAUGAAUUUAUACGAAUUAGCAAACUCGUAAAAUAUGUACGAAUACGUAUAUGUACAAACAAUGUUUGUUUUGAUUGCGAUUGUUUCUCAAUUCAUCUUACUCUUUCUGAGCAAUGAGAGCCUGAUCUCACAAGAAUUCGUACAUAUUUUACGAGUUGGCUAAUUCGUAUAAAUUCAUAUGAAGUUCAUCGUGCAAAAACGUAUGAUUCUCAUAAAAAAACAACAACAACGAAACCAAACACUUAAACGCAACGUCACAGGUGUCAAGGCAAAUCGUACAAAAACUUACAGAUGUGGGCGUAUGAAUUUAUACGAAUUAGCCAACUCGUAAAAUAUGUACGAAUACGUAUAUGUACAAACAAUGUUUGUUUUGAUUGCGAUUGUUUGUCAAUUCAUUUAACUCUUUCUGAGCAACAACAGCCUGAUCUCACAAGAAUUCGUACAUAUUUUACGAGUUGGCUAAUUCGUAUAAAUUCAUACAAAGUUAAUCGUGCAAAAACGUAUGAUUCUCAUAAAAAAACAACAACAACGAAACCAAACACUUAACCGCAACGCCAAAGGGGUCAAGGCAAAUCGUACAAAAACGUACAGAUGUGGGCGUAUGAAUUUAUACGAAUUAGCCAACUCGUAAAACAUGUACAAAUUUUUGUGAGAUAGCAUUGGCACUAAACCAUGCAUACAGUUCCUGCCGCACCAGGGCGGUGUCUACAAUAUUUGUCUUUUUGUUUCUUUUUCUUCCUGUCUUUCUUUUUUUUUAAGUUGGUCGAAUUGGCCGACGCAGGCCUUCGACGUGGAUACCUUUGUUUUGCUAAAAAGCUACUUUUAACAGUCAGACGGCUGUGUAUUAUAAAACCAUGUAGUGAAAUGAAGACUGUUUAUGCACAUGAUGCCAAAAAUACUCAAAAUAAAUUAUAACUGAAAUAUUACCGUAA